UUUACCUCUGGAUUAGCAAAGGCAUGUUUUUUAAAGAUUACUUAAAUUGUUUUCCUCACAUCUUGUGAGCUAUGCCAGCUGCCAUGAGACGUCACACACCUCCAGACCUGUUACCUGGGUGCCACCACACCUGCAGUUAAAGAUUUUGGGGAGACAGGACGCAGAAGACGCCGACAGGGAGGUCCAGACACCCGGAGAAGAAACCCUCCGGACAGCCGGUGGACCAGACUGGAGGACGUCCAGCUGGCAGGUUGAGCAGCGAGCAGUGGGCUUCACAAAGCAGAGGACACAGUGAAGGACACUGGGGGAGCCUGUCCACAUAGCCACAACCUGCUGGAUCAUGGGUAACCAGACUGGCAGAGACGGCCACAGCACUACAGGUUCUCCAUUAGAUUUCUUCCACACGCCUCCUACCACACCCUCAGAGGCAGAGCUGACUGCCAUGGCCUUAUCCACUGCAGCUUCCUCCUCCAGUAAGGCACAGACGCCAUCGCCAGCCGGCAGCAGCAACACCCCCUCCACCACCUCUCCUCUCGCAGACUGGACACAGAAACUGCCUACUGCUCCCUCAGAAUGGGCCGUGAUAAGCGUAGACAGCAUCACCUCGGAGACGAACGGGAGCGAUGCAGCAGUGAGGCGUGGGAAGGCGGCGGGCAGCCCGGUCAGACCGGCGUCCCUGCCUCCGUCCAGAGGAUCGCCUUCAGAGCAGAGCUGGCAGGAGAGAGAUAGUGGGAUGGAGCCGCAGGCUGCAGCAGAGAGAGCCGGAGAGGAGAUGACCCUGGUUUUAUUCAGUCUGAUGGAGCACUACAGAGCCUCACUAGGCCUGAACCCCAACACUGAUGUAACCACAGGAGCCGUAGAGCUGCUCAGGCGCUUGAUAACGGAGAGAGAUGAGCUGGUUGAGGAGGUGGACACACUGAGGGAGACACUCAGGACAGAGCGGUUGGAGUGGCAUCAGUUCCAGUGUGACCUGCAGGUUGCCGUGUCCGUAGCUGACCGGCUGCGGGUCGAGUCGGAGCAGGCUCUGGGUUCGCUCCAGGAGAACCACCGGGCCGUGGAGGAGCGGCUGGCUCAGGCUCUCAGCAGACAGCAGGAGAAGGACGGAGAGCUGGAGAGUCUGAGGGCCGAGCACAGAGACGUCUGCUGCAAACUGACUGAACUCACCCUGCAGCAGCGGCGGGAGCGAGCCGAGCUGGACGCUCUGAGGGACGCAUGCAGGGUGAAAGACACAACUGAUUGUGAUGAACAGAAAGAGAGACGAGACUCUGAGGAGGAGCAGGGGGAGGGAAUACAGGAGGAAGUCGUGGAGGAAAAACCCGACACUGAACCUGAAAAUGCUGAAAAGGAAAAGGAGGAGAAUGAAUCAAAUCAAGAGGUGGAUGAUGAAGUUAUAGGUCAUGACCCCGAGGAGGCGAAUGGAUCAGGGAACGGGCAGCUGACAGGGAAAGGAGUGGCAGAGGGAUACCUUCGUAGUUUGGCUGUGCUGGAGAAGAAGAAAGAAGGCAAGGAUCCGAGGAGGAUUGUGAUGCUGUCUGAAAGAUCUUGGAGUCUGUCUCGUCUCCCACUCCCAGUGGACUCCCCCGGUGAAAAUGGGACCUCAAAAAACACAAGCACAACACUGCCGCUAUGCAAGAAAGAAGAGACACCAAAACGGAGAAGGAUGGAUCGCGUUUUACAGCGGCAGGACAGCUGGUGCAGCUUUUACACAGGAAAACAGGAUGAGGACCAAAGCUUAGAUUCCUUCAAACCUCAGGAUGGUUUCAGUGCUCUGUUGAGGCGUCACGGCGGCUCCAGGAGAAACUCCCUGCUGCGCUGGUGCCAGAGUCGUACCCAAGGUUAUAAGAAUAUUGAGAUCACGAACUUCAGCAGCAGCUGGGAGGACGGCUUGGCGUUCUGCGCCGUUUAUCACACCUAUUUACCAAAUCACAUCCCGUAUGACACCCUCGACCCCGCAGACAAGAAGGAAAAUCUGGACCUCGCUUUUAAGACAGGAGAGAGUGUUGGAAUCACAGCCACACUGACGGUGGAGGAGAUGCUGAAGGCAGACGGGCCGGACUGGCAGACGGUUCUGGGUUAUGUCGAAAGCAUUUUCCGUCACUUUGAGAUGUGAUUCUCUCGUCUCGCUCUUCUGCCUGGUACUUUUCCAUCGUUUUGACUGACGGACUGAAACGCUGUUCACCACAAGAGGGAGCUCUACUCACAAUGAACUCUGAAUUUAAAAUGUGUUAGCAAUAUUAGACUUUAUGACGUGAUUUUAUGUAUCAAUACAAUCACACAGAAACUAAA